CUGCUGCUUCUUCUUCUGCUUCUUCUUCUUCUUAUUAUUAUUAUUAUCAACCUCAGGCACGCCCACAGCUGGCAAGUCCAUGACGUUGACACGGUGUAUGUUGUCAAAAGAGAAAAGAUGGCGUCGGUAUCAGAAAUGUACGAUGUGGGUUGGGAAGAGAUGAGAGACAAGCUGCGUAAAUGGAGAGAAGAUAACUGCAGAAAUAGUGAACAAAUUGUGGAUGUUGGUGAAGAGCUCAUCAGUGAACAUGCAUCUAAACUGGGAGAUGACAUAUGGAUUAUUUAUGAGCAGGUGAUGAUCGCAGCGCUGGACUGCAGUCGGGAUGACUUGGCUCUGACCUGUCUACAGGAACUGAGGAAGCAGUUUCCAGAUAGCCACAGAGUGAAGCGAUUAUCGGGCAUGAGGCUGGAAGCUUUGGAAAGGUACGACGAGGCCAACAAGCACUAUGAUGCCAUUCUCCAAGACGACCCCACCAAUACGGCAGCAAGGAAGCGCAAGAUCUCCAUACUGAAGGCCCAGGGGAAGAGCGCUGAAGCCAUCCGGGAGCUCAAUGAGUAUCUAGAGCAGUUUGUUGGGGACCAAGAAGCGUGGCAUGAGUUGUCAGAGCUCUACAUCAACGAACACGACUAUGGAAAAGCUGCGUUUUGUCUGGAGGAGCUGAUGAUGACCAAUCCUCACAAUCACUUGUACUGUGAGCAGUACGCUGAGGUGAAGUACACUCAGGGGGGGCUGGAAAACCUGGAGCUGUCCAGAAAGUAUUUUGCCCAGGCGCUGAGGCUGAACAACCGAAACAUGAGGGCAUUGUUUGGUCUGUACAUGUCUGCAAGUCACAUCGCUGCCAGUCCAAAAGUUAGUGCCAAGGUGAAGAAGGACAAUAUGAAGUACGCUGCUUGGGCUGCCACUCAAAUAAACAGAGCCUAUAAGAUGCCCCUUCAUUCCGCCAGACACUGAAAACCACCAAUCAUAUUAUCUUAUGACUCUAUUGUUGUGUUUUAGCUUUCAUGGGGUAUUUGCACACAAUAUUCAGACAUCCAGAAAUCCCCUCAUUUGCAUAGUAUGUGAAAAAUAUUCACCACCACCAAAUGACCCCUGAAUGCACAGCAGUCCCGAAGGAUGUCUUUGACUUGCAGUGUUGUAAUAACAACCCUAGUGUCUUUCGGUGUGUCUGGGUACAUUUACUGUUAAUGUGUUGAUUUAAGGCCACAACGUCUAAGACUUUAUUCCACACCCUGGCUUCACAGAUGAGCAGAGCCACAAGCUGAUUCUCUGAGGACAACAAUCACACUAGACCGUAGCAGAGAGUUGUCUAGUUCAGUGGUUCUCAAAGUGAGGUUCAAUGACCCUGAAGGGCCUUUGAACUGAAUCUAGGAGGUCCCCAGCAAAUUCACAAGCCUGAUUUUAAUGUUAUUUCUUCAGUUGCAGUCUUUCUUAACUAGCUAUAAAUUUAAUAUUAAUUCAACAAAUUCAGAUAUCGUCCCAGAUCUUCCCUGAAAUUUAAUCUAAUUAACGGGGGCAAACGAACCCAUUUGAGGAUCCGUGAGAAGGAAAUUUUAGGACCCUUGAGGUAUACGUUGUGACUCUGACCUAUUACCAUUCAGAGAGUAAGAAAGUGGGCAAACAUGGGAGAUAAAGGAUGGAAGUGUAUGUGUACAUGUGUGCUCACAUACCGUAUUAGUAUCCGCCAAUGCACGCAAAGCAACUAGGGGAAAAAGUGAGAAGCUGCUCAAAUGGUAUCAUUAAAAUGGUUUAUGCCAUUGUCAUGGCAACCCAAGUAUGAAAGCAUAUUUAGAAGAAGUCUUAUUUGCCAUGCGGGCCAUAUGUGUUGCUUAUUUUGGCAUCCACAGUUAAACAUGUAAUAAGCGGUUCUUUGCUCAGCAUGUGUGGGUCCUGUUGAGAGAGAGAGAGAGAGAGAGAGGCUCCCCGCUGAGCCUCUAAAGACCUCAUCUCACCACACUAAGGCUCUACUUGCCUUAUAGACACAUUUCACAUGUUGAGCACUCAGACAAGUAUGAAGGCUCUGUUGGAAAAAAUGUGCAUGUGAGUAACGUCACGGUGAAUGGCUGUUCUCUUUUGGAGCUCUUGUAGAAGUGUCAUGGAAGAGCGCUAAGCUUUAACUUGUUCCUUUAGGUUUGAGUUAAAGUGGACUGAACUGUCAUAAGUGAAGAGGUGCAGCUUAUUUUGUUUAGGUUAAUACGUAUGCAGAUAUAAAUCACCCUGAUAAAUAGACAAAUAUAGAGGUGGUUUGGUCAACAAAAUUAGUCAAACGUCUCGAUUGAUGUCAAGUCCACACAACUCAUCCCUUUGAUGACUCAGUAUGCUUGCUUACCAUAGUUUGCUGUCUGAGAAAGUCUUUGAUCUGGGGGCAAGAUGACUAUCUCAAACUGCUAACUUUUUAAUCAUAAAUCAGAGGCCCAAACGCGAGAGAGGCACAAAGUGUGAAAAAAGAAAAUCAUAUUUGGAGGGAACUUGGCAGUGUCCAAAUAUCUGAAGAAAAUAAAUGGAAAGGUCUGGGCACCAGGCUUUGACAGGACAGCUGAAGCUGAGUAGAAGGGCAAGGUGAAGGAGCUGACAGCCGAUAACAUGUUUGAGACAACAAUGGCCCUCUCAUUCCUGUCAAAAAUCCUAUCACAGUUUGUAAAUGAAACUUCUUUUCUGUUGACAUAUUACACUAAUAACACUACAUUUUAUAUUUAUAUUUCAAACUUAUGAAUCCCUUAUUGGCAGUGGCCAGGCUGUAGUUAAGUACAUCAAACAAGCUUUGAAACAGACCUAUUAUAACAUUACUUUGGGACUUCAUCUGAAACUUGUUACAGGGGUUUGACAGUAGCAUAACCAGUAGUGCAGCACAUGUUGUCCUUGCUUAAAUAUUUUCUUUAUUGCCAAGGAGGUGUGGGAGAGGGUUUACCCACAGACAGGGAACACACAUCUCUGUUUGGUGAUGUUGGCUGUAAUGAAUCAAAUGGAAUAGCUAUUUGCUGCCCAAACACUGCCUUACAUAUGACUAUAUACAGUUCGCUAGAUUCUUUGUACUAACGGCUUAAUGGGCAUAGAUUUCAGUUGUCAAUUAACACUUUAUUUUAUAGAAAAAUGUUAUACAAAAAAGAUCUUAACACCUCUAAAUGGAUUAACAAGACUGAAGUUACAUUUAAAUCAGGGAAGCUGAUAUGGGCAUCACUAUGAUAGGCAGGCUACGCUGUAGUGGCCCAGAGGAAAAUAGUUUCAGUUGAGUUGUUAUGAUGACAGACUGAAAUACUUCAGUUACUCUUAGAGGCCAGUGGACAAAGCUUAAGUGUUAAAACAUUUUGACUAUAUGCAGUUUUGACCCCCUGGUGACGAUAAUGAGACACCUCAGUCAGUCACACCUUUGUCAGGGAACAUGAUGUGAGCUUCACCCGACCCUCUGCUUCUGCCCUGGUCUACUACCUCUUGUAUUUGUUUAACUUGCCUGGUAAUAGUGAGGUUGUACUGGGAUUUCAACUCAGCUGUGAGUGUGUAUGUACAGUAUGUGUAUGCAAGCCUGGCACCACACACAUGUGCACUUGUAGUUAGAUGUUUUUUUAAUGGUUGCUGUGUGAGACAAGUUAAAUGACAAGGUGUAAGGUUGCCUCCUUUUUAUUUUUUCGCUCCCCACCUCCAGUUAAAUGACUUCUGAGAUCUUUAAAAGGGAGCGGCGGUGUGGGCCUCCAUCAGACAGCUGCAGGCUGCUGUGGGCUUGUGCUUGCUGAUUGAUGGCUCCUUUUAAAGCGUUGCUCGUGUCAGUCGUCUACUUUUAUUAGGCCCCGGUACCUGGUGAUUGUCAUACUUCAGUGAGAGAAAAGGGUGGGCAGGUGAGUGCAAGUGGGAUCAGACGUCAGUGAGAGGUCACGACUGACUGGGGCACAUUUAAAAAAAAAAAUAAUAAUUACCUUGGUGGGGUCGGUUGACAUGUAAAAGACCUGGAGAUGUGUGGGUUGCAGGUGCAGGGGGCUUCAAAGCAACCCUACAUGGCCUGCCCUCCUGCCCUAACUCUCUAAACAGAUUCUCUGAUUAGCUCCUCUGUCACGGACCACAGGCUCCCACUACGUCAUGACUCUAUUAUCAGAUGCUCUAAAUAGAUGUGGAGCUGUCUGGUCUGCUCCUACUGUUGUAGAACAGGGCAGGAGUUAAUGUGGUGGUCUCACCUCAGGCUGAGGAGAUAAUUGACUACCAGGCCUGGGGUAAUGGCGCAUUAGGCAGCAAGGCAAUGAAAUGCACUGAUCAUUAUAGCUACCCCACCACACACACACACCCUAAAUCUAGAAGAAUGAGUCACACAGGGAAAUUACGUAGCCAAUUGCACACCUUAGCCAACUGCCCUCUCUAAGUUAGAGUUUGGCAAAAGAGGAAGGAAAAAACAUUUGCCAUGGAAAUACUGUAUAGGCUAGGUUAAAGCUACAGUUAGUUCCUGUUUGUAGGGCCAAAGGUUGAAUGAAUAAAUGCCUCACAGCAUUAAACACAUUGCUUUAUGUUGUACAUAGGGUUGAGUGUUGUCUGUUGUGUUAUUGGACAAAUAAAUAGAAGGGACCGUGUGUGGUUUUGGAAGAAAGCCAAGAUGGUCUUUGUGAGGGUACAAGACUUAAAUUUCUUUAUCCAACUGUGUGUGUUUCAAGUAUUGAAAUUAUGUUUACAAUGGGUGUGUGUGCUUAUGCUUCUGUCUGAUCAAGUGUGCGCACACUCUCAAGGGUUCAUAUCUCACUUUGGAGGACAUGCAGAAUGUGCUCUCUGAUCCAGACGCAGCACUGAAACAGAAUCCCCUGCCUGUGUUUGACUCAGUGUAAUGGUGUUUUCAUAAUGAGUAAAUUGAAAGGACCCUGCAAUGCUGUUGCCUCCUGCUUGUCCUUUGCUGUUCAGCUUUGUUGUUGUUGUUGCUGCUGACAUCUGCAAUGCUUCAACACAGCAGCAGAAGUUGUGUCUGGAUUUUAUAUGAUGAUUAAUAUGCUGCAAAUUCUCCUGGGGAUUUUACUUACACAGGUUUUAAAAUGGCAUAGGGGAGUAAUGGCGUUCAUUGCUGUUUGCCACAGUGUUUUUUUAUUUUUUUUUAUACAAGCACUAGUAGUCUCCGAAGUCUUAAACGAAUCACAGAGGCUUUAAUUUGUACAUUUUGAACACCUGUCCUCUAGAUUUAUCACGAGAUAUUCACUAUUUUCCUUAAUCAGAGUUCUUCAGAGUAAAUGUUUCAAACCGUUUUAUGUCAAGUCCCGCCCUGCUGUGCUGUGAUUGGCUAGCUCGUUACUUUGGCUAGCUCGUUACUUUCCGUGUGAUUGGAUGCUAGCUCCACUGGUUUUUCUGUCAAAUUUUCAGCAUGUCCCGCUAGCAGCACUAGUAAAACUAUUGACAUUGACAAUAAUGUUAUAAUAAUACAAAUAUAAAUAUAUUUUAAAUCCGUAUAUCUACAGAUGGGUUGCAACUCAAUUUAACUCUAUGCAAUUUAACCCCUUGUUCAUAACAUUUGCUUCUCCGCAAAUCAUGUUUUGAUAACCAUAACUUUAUUCAAUGAACACAUUACACUCCAUCAUGAACCAUGUGUUGCCAUCAAGAAAAACAAAAGCAAAACGGGUGGGGGGGAAAUAACGCUUAGCAUGCUGAUGUUAGCGUUUAGCUCAAAGCACCACUGUGCCUCACAGAGCUGCUAGCAUUGCUGUAAAGUCUACAUUACUUUAGUCUACGUACAUUAACAAUAAAUAAUAGUGUUAAUGUAGCUUUAUUUCUGUCAUAUUGUAGCUGGCAGAAAGUGUGUUUUAACAUACAGUAACUACGAUCGAACGUGUGAAAAAAUGAGCAAAAACCUGCAUCUGAGUGAACAGCAGGUCAUAUCUUCAUCAUAUACUAUAACUUGCAUCAAUUUGAUACAUUUACUAAAGUAUACUUUUAAAUAGUUUUAGAAAGAUUUCAUGAAGAUUUAUGUGUAUCUAUAAAUAUGGGUGAAGUGAGGUUAAUUAGACUGACCCUUUAUUAUAUCCCUGGUCCCCUGCCCAAGGUUAAGGAAGUUGUCUUUCUCGUUGGUAUUUUUUGAGGGGAUGCCUUGUCAGUUGCAGAGUUUAAUUGGGUAGAAAAAGUGUGUGCCUUUAUGUGUACGCAUGAGUAAUCUUAGAUGUGCUUGUGGAUUAUAAUUUGCAGCACUUCCUGUGAAACCCUGUGGACAUUGUGGAAAUUAGAGUGGAGUGUUAUGUACUAGAGGCCAUGGAAGUGGACUAAUCAUGUGGGCAUCCUGUCUCGGAGCUCUCACACAUAGAGAGAAAUAAAAUGGCACUUAUGCAACAAUUGAGGAAAAACCCUCCGAUUAUAGGUAUUAUUUUACUUUGCGUGACCUGUUUACCAAUUCUAUCUAAUGACCACUGUUGUCUCUGAUUAGUUUUGCUUCUAGCUUUGCAAAUGGGAAUGUUUUUGCUGUGCUCAAAUGUGUUUGGCACUCCAUUGCUUUAGUUGGCAGAGAGACCUAAUGAGCUGAUGUUCUCUUUUCCCCUCCCCUCCUCUCUUUCUUUCUCUGUCCCACUGUCUGUGUCUCUGCCUUUCACCUUCCUUCUC